AUCUGAUCAAAUACCAGAUUCUAGUCCCCAAGCCCAUUAACCUGGUGAGUUUCUCUAUCACUGUCUCAAUUUGACUAUGUUAGCGUUCUCUGUGUUGGGAUUAUUGGAUUGUAUAUAUGCUUCCUAUCAUCUGCUGAUUCUGUUGAAAAAGGACUUCCUGAAAAUUGUCAUUUUGCCGAAGGUUAGUGAUGAUCACUACUAAUAUCAAUGAACUUCUACCGUUUUGUUGUGUGAAAUAAUUUCUCGGCUGGCUUGCUAUAAAUUAGUUUUUCAAUGUAAGUGUGUCUCCAAGCGUUGGUGUACUCUCAUCUCCGAACCUUAUUUCAUUGGCCGCUUUCUCCAUGUCCAAAUUGAUAAAUAAACCCCAGCAAUGGCGACUCUGAUAAGCAUUAGAGGGGAAGAAUUACAUAACAGAAUGUCGUCGACCGUGUCAUCCUGCAUGCGGCUAAGUCAGUAGUUGAAAAGACUUGUGAGCUUCUGUGGUUUGAAAAUAGAGCCAAUCGUUGUAGCCACUUACAAUGACUUGGUUCCGUGCUGCUCACCUCAUAAUAAUCAAAGUAACUACAAUAUAUGCAAUCCGUACACCAUGCAAUCGGUGGCUCUGCCUCCCCCCACCAACUCAGUUUCCGGUGACAACAAAAGUAGUGGCAAUCAUCUGCGACACUCCAUAUUAUGACCACAAGGAAGACGAUGGGAAAAGGCAUAUGAUCCAGAUUAAUGCAGUCUAUACAAGACUACAAGUGCAACGUUGUCUGGCUUCUUCGUUCUUAUGAUCAACCUACGAACUCUCGUCUCGAAAUCAAGGUGGAGAUCUUCUCUACCGAGACUGGUAAAUGGCGUGAAUCAGUUGUAAUUUCCCCUAGAUCUUGGUAUUCUACCUAUAGCAGUAUUGCUCAAAAUGGAGUGUUGUAUCACUUGUGCCAACUAAGUGAAUCAACAGUUCUCAGACCUGUCUUGCUGGGUUGGAUCCUUUCAUGAUAAUGAACAUAAUCACGGACAGUACUUAUGGCGAUGGUCUUGAUCAAUAUAAAUGUUGUCACGUAGAAAUGGAUACAACCGUGGUAGGCGGCUUCAGCGGAGAUUACUGUGUUGUGAGUGAAAGGUCUCUGCGGGUUUCCUACUUUGACUGGGAUAUAUUUGGGACUUGAAAGAAGAAGAAGAAGAAGAAGAAGAAGAAGAUCAUGCUAGAAAACUGUGCUAUGCACACAGGGGUGUAGUGUAUCUACUAGACCGAGAUAUAGCUCCAGACGAGUCAUCAGUAUCAGUGUUUGAGCUCAUAGCUAUUGAUCCAAAUAAUGAUGAUAUACUGUAUAUAAAUAUCAACGCAGACCUUGUGAUGGGCAAUAUUCAAACGAAAGAGUGGUCAGCGCUAGUUAGAUAGAGUCCAGUCAUCGAGGCUCACUUCUUCCAGACUUCCAGUUAGAGCUCCCAUUGUGACCUACACCAAUUCCUAAACUACGGCAGCAUGGCAGUGCCGCAGGAACUAGCAACAAUUAAAGUAUACAUACUAUCUAACUAAACUAUCUAUCAUCAAAUUUUAUUAUUGAUAAUAUAGGAGGAAUUUAUGUAUUGAGCAUUCUUUUACAGCGGUGGUUAUUGUAUAGAUUGCUUGAACUGAAUUUGUUCAACACUGAAAUAGAAGCUAGGCGGGACUAGGCGGAUGUGAAAAGGGAGCUAGGCAGGACUAUGCACACCCGUCCUAGACGGAUACUAGGCGGGCUUGAAUUUCACAUAGUAUUGGGCCUGGUCAGUAUAAGAUCUGAUGGUGAGCCCAAAUGCUAAAAUCCUCUCCCUUGUGUAUUUGCUCUCUCAACCAGAAAGAACAGAGAAAUAAACACAAGCGAAGUUUUUGCUUCUGAACAGAAAGAAGCUUUGCUUCUCCACAGCUAUAGCUUCUUGUGUGGAGUAAAGCAAUUUCUGGGUGCAAAAGAGGGAUUGAAUUUUAGAACAGAGCAGCUCAACAUUGAGAAUUCGAGUAAUUUCUAGGCGACUCAAUCUCCGGAUCCAGCACUCUCGCCUGGAUUGGAGAUAAAAAUGGACGGAGUAAUAACAAAGUUUGUUACUGCAUCAUUGUUUAUGUGGAUAGUUCCUGUUGCAAUAUUGUAUGGCUAUAACAACAAUUUGAUUCCUGGUUCAAGCGACUUGUCUCCCCAUACUCUUACACUGUUGAGCGGAUUCCUUGCUGUUGUUUCUGUCAAUAUAGUUAUUGCAUUCUACAUAUAUAUGGCGAUGAAGGAACCUUCCGAUAAACAUGAGCCUGAUCCUGCGUUUCUUGCUGAAGCUAAAGCUAGCAUAAACCAGCCUACAGCUGACACUGGCAGCUCUUCCCAAUCCUCCAAGAAAGAAGAGUAAUAUGCGGGUUCACCAUAAAGAUUCGAAAAGGAGCAGAAAUUUGGGAAGCAUGGUACAGAUUAGAUUUGGAUCAAGAGUAUUUUCAAAUGUGUUGGUUCCCAUUCUGUCAUAUUCUGUUAUACGUAAGAUAUGAUAUCGACAUGAGAACCCUCUUUGUAGAAGUGAAUUCAGUUGCUAAAACUCGAUGCCAAGUCUUCACCUAGUUUUGAACUAAAUGCUAAUGCUGGAGGACUUGCACUUCCUCUUAAACUAUCGCUUUUUUGAGUUCUGA